ACAACGCCUUCCAAUGCGUGUUCACUGAUUGGUGCAGCUCACAUCAAUCAAGAUUUGCAGCAAGGUUGGUUGAACGCCUGCGGGUUGUUGAUGAUCCAUCAAAAGUCGUCAGUCACUGGUGGAGAGGAGUCGCAGUAAUCAGGCCACCACCAUGCAGUUUCUAAGGGGAGUCAUGGAGACUGUGUCCGCUGUCUCCAACCUCUUCUCCAACCCCUACCGCGUCAGGGAAGUACCACUGUCGGAGUACAGCGGAGGGGGGAAAGUCAAGCUGAAGGAGGAGGGACGCAUGGUGCUGUACAAGAACACCCCUUGUCAGAGUUGGGACUGCCUGCUCAAGUGCCCUGAUACGCCCACCGUCGCCUUGAGGUUGUUUCAGGUCAACUCCGAGGAGGACGCCAUGAACUGGUUCCCCCAGUACGCCCUCAAGCUUCGUCCCUUCUACGAGACCCUCCCCCUCCUCAAGCCAGAGGCAGUCCAGCCAAUAGUAGACUGCCUCCGUAAUCACGCUGACUGGAGCUCCGCCCAUAUCGCCGUGGAUACGGGCCUGAGGGAAUGCCUGAAGCACAACCACGUCCAGAGCCAGAUAAACGUCAGGGACGGUGCUGGUCAGACCCCAUUACACCUGGCGUGUGAGCGGGGGGAAGUGGCAUGUGUCAGAGAGCUGCUGGAGGAGUGCCAGGCUCGCACCGACAUCAAAGACAAGAAUGGGGAGACGCCAAUGCAUUGUGCCGCCAAGCAGGACUCGGCUACUAUUAUACAGGCGCUGUGCAGUAGGAUGUGUGCGGGGGUGAAUGAGCUGAACGGGGCGGGGGAGACACCCCUCCAUGUUUCUUGUCGCCUUGGGAGGGUAGAGGCCGUGAACGCUCUCCUGGGGGGAGGAGCUCGUUGUGACAUCAUCGGGGGCAGUGGCUACCCAAUCCACGCCGCCAUGAAGUACAGUGAGAAGGGUUGUGCUGAGGCAGUCCUGGAUGCAGACCCAGGCCAGCUACAGGUAGAAGAUGCCGUCUAUGGAGGAACCCCCCUACACUGGUGCAAGACUGCGGAGAUGUGUCGUACGCUGCUGGAGCGAGGUUGCUUGGUGAACUACCUCAGUAAGACAGGGGAGAGUGCACUGCAUGUCCUGACCAAGAAGGGGCGCUUCGAUGCUUCCAUGGUGCUGCUCACACACGGGGGGGAACCCAACCUCAAAGGUCAGGAUGGGAACACAGCCCUGCAUCUGGCUAUGAAGAUGGACCACAUGGAACUGAUCAAGGCUCUGAUCGUGUUUGGAGCCGACGUGGAGAUGCACAAUGACCUGGGAGAGACUCCCGGAUUGAUAGCAGCACGCACUAGUAAAGGCUCCAACAGAAAGGUGCUACUGAACAUGCUGUGUAGUGUAGGGGCAGAGCGGUGCGCCCCACCCUCCUCCCCCCUCAACCCCCAUCCUCCCCCCAAGAAGGCUGCUUCCUCACCAGGCAUUGGGUUCGAGGACAUCAUGCACGUUGCGGCGGCAGUGGGAGCGAUGAGUCGCGGCCGGGAGGAAGUGGACGGGUUCAAAACAGGAAGCAGGAAGAUAGACAGACUGCUGUGUCUGGAUGGAGGGGGCAUUAAAGGCUUGGUUCUGAUCCAGUUGUUAAUUGCCCUGGAGAAAGAGGCAGGCAGGCCCAUCAAGGAACUCUUUGACUGGGUUUCUGGGACCAGCACAGGGGGCAUACUGGCCCUGGCUAUCACCCAUGGUAAGGAUAUGGAGUAUCUACGAUGCCUCUACUUCCGUAUGAAGGAGCAGGUGUUCAAGGGGUCGCGCCCCUACGAGUCGGCCCCUCUGGAGGACUUCUUGAAGAAAGAGUUCGGAGAGAACACCAUGAUGACAGAUGUACGGCACCCCAGGGUGAUGGUAACCAGUGUGCUGGCAGACAGACAUCCAGGAGAGCUCCAUCUCUUUAGGAACUAUGACCCCCCCUCCCUGCCCAGAGAACGCCCCUACGCUGCCACAGCCAACUUCCUUCCCCUCACCAUACCACAAGGAUGGGAGGAUGAGGAUGUGUUGAUAGUUGGAUACACUCAGGAACCUGCUAACAAACGUAGGAAGGUGACAGACCAAGAGCAGGUUGUGUGGAGAGCCGCCCGUUCCAGUGGCGCCGCCCCCACCUACUUCCGACCAAUGGGGCGGUUUCUGGACGGAGGGCUGCUGGCCAAUAACCCGACACUGGAUGCCAUGACUGAGAUCCACCAAUACAACAAAUCCCUGAAAGCAGAGGGGCGUGGCUCAGAGGUGCAGCGUCUAGGUGUGGUCGUUUCUUUAGGGACAGGUAAGCCUCCCCAGGUAGUGGUGAACUCUGUCGAUGUGUUCAGACCCUCCAACCCUCUGGAACUGGCUAAGAGCUUUGUAGGCGCCAAGGAACUGGGCAAGAUGCUGGUGGAUUGCUGUACAGACUCUGAUGGUUGUGCUGUGGACAGGGCCAGGUCCUGGUGUGAGAUGACUGAUACUGUCUACAACAGACUGAGCCCCCAGCUCUCCCAGGAGGUGAUGCUGGAUGAGGUGAGUGACGCUGUGCUGGUGGACAUGCUGUGGGAGACCCAGAUGUACCUCUACGAACAGAGGGAGAACAUCCAACUCCUGGCACAGCAACUACUCAACGGCUACUGAGAGGAGAGGCAGAGGCAGGGAUGGGAGCAUGCUAUGGGAAUCCCAGAUGUACCGCUAUGAACAGAGGGACAUCAUACUACUACUGGCACAACAGGGGUUUGUUCAUUACGCCGAUUCUGUGGCAAAACGUUUCGUCAACAGAAGCAAAUGGAACGAAACAGGGAGUGACCUACCAAUUUGUUCAGUAAAAACUAAUUUUCUAUUGGGGUGUAAUCAUUGUGUAGAUGAAAAAUGUACUUGAAAAAGCUCAGAGCAAAUGUCCAUCACCUGAUGGUUUGUCAGAGAGGUAGAGAGAGACACACAGAGAGGGGAAGAGGUAGAUAGACACACAGAGAGAGAGAGGGAGAUAAAAGAAGAGAGAGGGACGUUUAUUCUCUUUGAAUCUGUACUGGAGACUGAAUGUCUGUCUGAGGGUUUCAUUCUUCCUCACAGACGAAUGAAGUCAAAGUCUAAAACCUGGGGAAAGGAAGAAUCAGCUUUGCACAACAGUACUGAGACUGACAAAUUAUAUAGAAAUAAAUUCAGAAACAUUAAGACUGGGAAAAGAUAAGAAACAGAGGAUUACAGUUUGUACAAUUGACCUCUUCUUGACAUAUCCUGACGUAUUUAUUUAUUGAGCUAAUCCAAAUCCUUCAAAUAAUCAGAUUUACAUCCAAUAAAACAAAUGCAGCCACGUAAAUGAUGUGAAUCACUGUUUUGCGUCAUUAUUACACCAUACUACACCCAUAAUCCCUCCAACCGACAUCCCCAUUCAAGUUGAUGAUGCCUUAACGGAAGGGCUGGCGGCCAUUCUGAACCUGUUCAAUAAGAAACUCUUGUUUUCGUUGCAACAUGUUCUGCUAUGAUUUGCUACGGUGUGCACUAAUGAAUACGACCCGGAUCUAUCUCUUGUAACUACCUUUGUCCUAUCAUAUCUGCCUUCUUGCUGUCUUAACCUCUCGAAUCAUAAUUAUUUCAACUGGACGGACUGUAUAAAUACCACAUUACUUGAAUAAACGAUCUCAAUGGGUUGUGAUACUAUCUAUCUGCACUAUUUGUCUGUGUCUGAUAUGGCGCCCUGGCCAAAAGUAUGUCUACCUAGUGAAUAGGAUGGUAUUCAGACUGACUUUCAGUUUUUAACAGAACUUCACCACUUGUUUGUAUUAAUAUCCUAUGUACGGUUGUGUAUUGGCUUUAUUAUUGAUGAUGAAGUGGAUAUAUGAAUAAAAUAGUAACCUAUGGAA